CAAAAUUUACUCACUGAAAAUGACAUAUGCUUCCUCGAUUUAUGUUUAUCACUCUGAGAUUUCAAUUAAUAACAUGUACAAAUUGCCUACCGUUCAUAAUGCUUUAGUUUUGCGAGCUUUGACUGCAAGAUUUUUACCAUUUUUAUGGGGUACAUCCACGAAUUUGCAAUAACAAGGUGCCCCCUCCAAAUGAAAAAUGACCUGCCUCGCCAUUAUCCGGAAAAACUUACAGUAAUAUUCAGUUGGUUUGUUUUAUAUCGGCCACCUUGUAUGCAUAAGCUCAACAUUACCGCCAUCAAGAUCAGGGUUGAGAAACACACCCUAUAUAUAUUUCAGCGAGAACCGAAGAAAGGUGAGCUCAUCAGAACCUUGAAGAGGAAAGAGGCGUUAUUAUAUUCAUUAUCACAAAGAGGUGACAAGUAGGGAAUGAUCCAAACAAUGGCAAAUGAACAUCUCGUAUGACAAGUCUUAUACAUGUUCAACCCACCUUUUGUAUGGUAUAAAAUUACACGGCUAAUGGGCUCUAUACAAGAACAAACUUAUAUAACAUGCCCAUAUCCUGAACUCAUAUUCAUAUCGUCCUCUCCUCCAGUUCAUCUUAAGAUUAGCGAUGAAAUUACAUGCAUCACUUCUCGUUAUUUCGUUGUUCCACAUUCUGUUCGCGUUGGACUCUUGGAAAGAAUCUCAAGACAAUGGAGGUGAUUACAGCCUUGAUAAUACAGAAAAUGAAAAUUUGGAGGAGUUUUCCGGUAACGAUAUUUUUGGAGAAAGUCAGAUGAGUACUUACGCAAAGUCAAUGAGGAAUAAUAGAAACGAAAUCCAAAAACUAAUUCCUAACGAAAUGAAAUCGAAAAAAACUGCUUUUUAUCAAUCCAGCCACAAUAUAACACCUUGUUCUUGUGGAAUGGAGUAUAAAGUUCUUGAUUUGGGACAUUUAUAUUUUCCUAGGUAUAUCCAUUCAAUGAUUUGUAAAGAUGGCACCUGCAGAAAUCCCUAUCGAUGCAGCGAGAGAUACUACAAAGUUAGAGUACUGAAGAAAAACCCUCAUGAUAGAUCUGGAAGACCGUCUUCCAUGCUCCCAGCGAAUUUGAGACAAUAUUGGACCUCAGAAACAAUCGACGUAGUUGUAGGAUGUGAAUGCAUACCUUAAAAACUUCGUCGAUCUCAAUUUGACAUGUUUAAUCUUCAAAAAUAAAUUUUUCAAGAA